AUGCCGUCGGCAACAGGUCGAGACUGGGAGAAGUACAGGAAAAACUUUGACGAGGUCGAGGAGAAGAAGAUCACUCCCCUUUCCGAUGAGUUAGUUCUCAAGACAUACGGCGCGGCGCCAUAUGCCGCCGCUAUCAAGAAGCUGGAGCAGCAAAUAAAGGAGAAACAGCAAAGUGUCGACGAGAAGGUUGGGAUUAAGGAAUCAGACACGGGCCUUGCCCCGCCCCACCUAUGGGACAUCGCAGCCGAUCGUCAACGGAUGUCGGAAGAGCAACCGCUUCAGGUAGCCCGGUGCACGAAGAUCAUCCCGGACGAGAAGGACGAGUCCAAGAACAAGUAUGUCAUCAACGUCAAGCAGAUCGCCAAGUUCGUUGUCCAGCUGGGCGAGCGCGUCAGCCCCACAGAUAUCGAAGAGGGUAUGCGUGUUGGCGUCGAUCGCAACAAGUACCAAAUCCUCCUGCCGCUGCCCCCCAAGAUCGACGCUAGUGUGACAAUGAUGACGGUCGAGGAGAAGCCUGACGUCACAUACGGCGAUAUCGGUGGCUGCAAGGAACAGGUCGAGAAGCUGCGCGAAGUCGUCGAGAUGCCGCUGUUAUCGCCCGAACGCUUCGCCGACCUCGGUAUCGACCCCCCUAAGGGCGCUCUGCUUUACGGCCCUCCUGGUACCGGCAAGACUCUCUGCGCUCGCGCCGUGGCCAACCGCACAGAUGCCACCUUCAUCCGCGUCAUCGGCAGCGAACUGGUGCAGAAGUAUGUCGGCGAGGGUGCGCGCAUGGUCCGUGAGCUGUUCGAGAUGGCCCGGACCAAGAAGGCCUGUAUAAUCUUCUUCGACGAAAUCGACGCCAUCGGCGGUGCCCGCUUCGACGAUGGAGCAGGUGGCGACAACGAGGUGCAGCGCACCAUGCUCGAACUGAUCACACAGCUCGACGGUUUCGACCCGCGUGGCAACAUCAAGGUCAUGUUCGCGACCAAUCGGCCGUCCACCCUCGACCCGGCCCUCAUGCGGCCCGGCCGUAUCGACCGCAAGAUUGAGUUUUCGCUGCCCGAUCUCGAGGGACGCGCCAACAUCCUGCGCAUUCACGCCAAGAGCAUGUCGGUCGAGCGUGACAUCCGCUGGGAGCUCAUUUCUCGCCUGUGCCCCAACGCCACCGGCGCCGAGCUGCGCAGCGUCUGCACCGAGGCCGGUAUGUUCGCCAUUCGCGCCCGCAGGAAAGUUGCUACCGAGAAGGACUUCCUGGAUGCGGUCGACAAGGUCAUCAAGGGCAAUCUCAAGUUCAAUUCAACUGCGGCAUACGCACAGUACAAUUAG